AUGAGUGAGUCAAUAAUUAAAAGUAUUACAGAACAUGGAAGUAAUGAUUAUAAAGUAUAUUUAGAAGAACAGCACAUAAAAGAAGAAAAAGAAAAAGAAGAACAAGAAAAUAAGAAAUUAAGAACAAAACCAAAAAAAGCGUUUGAGGAAAAAAAGGUCAUUAAAGAAAAAAAGAGAAAUUUUAAAACAACUAAAAAAAGAAAAACAACAAUCCAAAUUAACUGGAAUAGAGUAAUUUAA